ACAACAUUGUUAGUAUUUAUACACUAAUAAUUCAUGCUCUCCAUAUCUACACUCUCAAAUCUCAAGCACAAAUUUCACAAUGAUCCUUGUAUUAUCAUUAUCCAUAUUUCUUCCCAUAAUCUUCAUCUAUUUCCUCGGCAAAACUCGAAAAACAACAAAAUCAAACCUCCCGCCGGGUCCCCCGCGGCUGCCGUUGAUCGGAAACCUCCACCAGGUCGCCACUGCCGGCGACCUACAUUUCUACCUAUGGCGCCUUUCCAAGAAAUACAACUCUCCUAUCCUUCACAUGAAAUUAGGCUCUCGCCCUCUAAUCGUUGUUUCCUCGGCAAAAUUAGCAAAAGAAGUGAUGGAAACUCAAGAUUUGGCAUUUUGUAGCAGACCGAAAUCCACUGUUAUGCAAAAACUAACAUACCAAUACUCAGACAUAGCCUUCUCACCAUGCAGCGAUAAUUGGAGAGAGAUGAGAAAAUUCAUAACCAUUCAUCUCUUGAGCACCAAAAAGGUUCAAUCUUUCCGCCCCAUUCGCGAAGACGAAGUCUCUCUUAUGAUCGCCAACAUCUCCAAAUCUGCUUCCUCUCAUCAGGUUGUGAAUUUGAGUGAGAUGGCAACGGCUAUCAGCUGCAGUUUGGUAUGCAGAAUUGCUUUCGGCAAGAGAUACAACAAUCACGAAAUGAGGCGAUUCAACAAUCUUAUAGAUGAAUUUGGGGCAAUAUCGCUCAAAUUCUUUGUGUCUGAUUACGUUCCUGCUCUCGGUUGGGUGGAUAAACUCGUUGGAUCGACGAAGAGGCUCCAUAGGAUUUUCGAGAAUCACGAUUCGUUCUAUCAGGAGCUCAUCGACGAGCAUCUUGAUCCGAGGAGGGCGAAGAAGAAGGAGGAGGAGAAAGAUAUUCUUGAUACUUUGAUCAAGCUUAAAGAAGACAAGUCUUCUCCCAUUGAUCUCAAUUGGAAUAGCAUCAAAGCCCUACUAUUGAACAUAUUUGUAGGUGGUGCAGGGACAAGUGCCACGUCAACCAUAUGGGCAAUGACAGCACUGAUUAAAGCUCCCAACGUCAUGAAAAAGUUGCAAGCAGAAAUCAGAAAUUCGAUAGGCAAAAAAGGCAAAGUAGAUGAAGAUGAUCUGCCCAAACUUCCCUACCUAAAAGCAGUCAUCAUGGAGUCUUUCCGUCUAACCCCUUCUGUCCCACUUCUUGCACAAAGAGAAGCAAUUAAAAAGAGCAUACUAGAUGGCUACGAAAUUCAACCCAAAACAAACGUGUAUGUUAACACAUGGGCAAUCUCAAGAGAUCCCAAGUAUUGGGAAAAUCCGGACGAGUUCAUGCCUGAGAGAUUCUUGGAUAGCAAUAUCGAUUUAAAAGGAAAAGAUUUUAUACUCACUCCCUUUGGAUCGGGCUGAAGAAUAUGCCCUGGCAUGGUUAUGGGGCUAGUGAAUGUGGAGCUUAUUGUUGCAAAUUUGCUCUAUAGUUUUGAUUGGGAAUUGCCGUUGGGGAACCGACCAGAAGAUGUCGAUACAACUUCUGUGUCUGGAGUCGCAGUGGCAAAGAAAAAUGCUCUUCUACUUGUUCCUCAUAAAUAUGGUACUGUUUAGG